CUCAAUUUUCCGGCUUUUCCUACGGCCUGGAGGCUACAGAGACGGACAGGAGAACGAUUUUCAAGGAUUUUUAAAUUUUUUCCGCCUCAGGCAAUUUGUCAUCAACGACCAAAAUUUUUCCGGGUAAAGAAAAUCGGAAAAUCAAAGGAAAAACGCGGCAAAAUUGCGAAAAUCUGGCAGAGAAAGUCGAAAUCGUCCUAUGGAUCAGCUGUUAUCAUACAGACUAUAUAGAUUUUACGACAAGUGCUCAUGCAAACGUCGAAGUGUGAAUGAGGUUUUGCGGAUUCAGAAAUAAAUAAAAAUAUUUUUAAAAUAUUUAGUUGAAAAUGGCAAAUAUUACUCAACAUUUCGUCUUCUGGAAAACGUGUAACUAUGUCUCAAGCCUUAUUAAAACAAGAGGAUUUAGCAUUACUGCGGUUGCUUAUAAGAAAAACAAGAAACCAGCACCCGAAAUUGGAGGACAACGAAUUGAUUCAGCCUACCAAUCACUUGCUUCAAGAGGGUUUCUGCGAUCUUAUGAACCGUAUGAACCACCAAAUGAUGUAAGUGCAACAAUUCAGCAAUUAGCUGCAACAGCACAAUACGAUGCAACCACAGGAUUUCCCACACUUGGCGAUAAGUUUAACUUUUUGGAAGAAUGCCGAAAGAUCUUCAAACGUGCAGUACCAAAUUCCUUCUUGCACGACUUGCUGACCAUUGAGGAUGUUAUUGAAUUCUACCAAACCCCAAUGAAGACUACACUACCAAUUGAUGAUACCCUGAAAGAGGCGGAUCUACCUGUAAAUCUUCACAUUCAGAGUGACUACGUGAGGUAUCAUCCGGAAGAGGAUACCAUGUUCGGUGGGAUAAGUGCUUUCCCAAGAAGUUCAACUCUCGUUACGGGUGUUAAAUAUAGGAAAAAAUACAGGGGGCAUGUUGCCAAGACUUCUUGGCCAUAGAGAAGGAACAUUUUUAAUGGUAAAUAAAAAAUAAAGUAGUUUA